AUGAAGAGAGUCUACAUAUUCACCAAUGAACAGUUCAAAGAUCGCAAAGGUUACGAUGUAUACCUCAAUGUUGAUGGUAUGGACAAGAAUAGUUAUAGUACAUUGUGCGAACAGGUGUUGAGUAUAGCUAGUAUUGAAUCUAUUGUGUUUGAGGACUAUCCUCUUAAACAGUUUGGUCAUUCAUUCUGGUUGGAUAUCAAUGAUAUGUUGUUGGCGUUAAGUCAACGAUCACAUCCAAACAACAACAACAACAACCUUGGCGUCAGGGUAUCAUACAACAAAGUGUCUGAUCCUGAGCGAUUGCCAUCAACACUACAUCUAUCACGAAUGAGCAUUCACUAUGUUGAGAGCAACACAUUCAGCUCUGAUCAUAUACCAAGCACAUUGACUCAUCUAUCCAUCAAUGGUUUGAUCAACAAACCGUUGGACUUUAUCCUACCACAGUCGCUUAGGACCUUGGACCUUUCAGGAGCUUACAAUUGGAACCAACCAAUGGCGCCAGGUGGUCUACCUGCACGUCUGGAGAUUAUCCGUUUUGGUCAUUCAUUCGAUCAGCCUAUCCAGAAAGGUGCCCUGCCCUCAACUAUCAAGGAUGUCUCCUUUGGUGAUAUGUUUGAUCAACCAUUGAGUGGAGAUAACUUACCACCUGCUCUUACUAAGCUCGGACUUGGCGAAUGUUCAUUCAGACAUAGGCUCACCGGUUUGCCUGUUAGUCUGGUCGACUUGUCGUUGGGCGCCAACUACAAUCAUGUGAUUGAUCAUCCCAUGUUGGUUCACUUGGCCACCAAGUUCUCCAAACCAUCGUUGGACAAUCUGGUCAUGACAUAUCUAAAGGUGUUGCGAUUUAUGGUUGUGACAGUGGAUACCCUUUCAAAGAUCACCUCGGCUGCCUACCCAUGCCUCGAGACUCUAACGACUACAUCAUUCAACGAGAAUAGCAGCCUAGUUGAUGUGAUUGACCUCUCAAAUCUACCAUCAACACUUCUCAAUGUUUAUAUAAUGCCAAACAUUGCGAUCAAGUCCCUUCCAGAUAGCGUGGAGAGUAUUGUCAUCAAUGCAUUGAGGUAUCGCAAGUCAAAGUCUUCGCCAAGUAGACUGUGCCUCGAUCGCAUUCCAUCUUCGACUAAAUAUCUCGACCUGAACAUCCACGGUCAAAAGCUACAUGAUAUAGUGCCAGUCUCAUCAACAACUUGGUGGCCACGUAGAGUAUCGAUCAGGACUGAAGCGAUGGAUCGUCAAGAGAUCAUUGAUCUAUUGGAGCAUCAACUUCUAAACACCACGAUCAUCCAACUGUCCAUCUACCAUCGACCCCAAAUCAACCUUCUGCGAAUAUCACCAACCUUGUUCUUCAGGUACACAACAAACAGUCGAGUUAGUGGAAGUGGAUUCACAGAUGUAGCAACUGUGAUUGGAUUGUUGACAUCCACGUGA